CUUAUAUAUUUUUUGCAAUGUCGAUUAUAAGUGUCCAACAAAAAGUUAAUUUAACUAAUUAUUUAAACCUAUAAGCAACAGUAUCUGUGUUUUUAGGUGUAAAUGAGAGUCAAAUUGAAGAGGUUCAACAGUUAACAACAUCAAAAUACAAGCUCAUAUUUAAGUAAUUUUGAUAAUGAAUGUUUUUUAGGAACUCAAAUAAAAAAAUAAUUUUACAUACUAAAUCCAGCAACCCAUAAACAAUAGUAAAAAUAUAUAAUAAAUUGUGAUAGGGAAACUAAUUAGAAAAGGAUUAUUUGAUUGUUUAAAAAUUAUCAGCUGUAAAUUUUCCAGUGCCUAGAUCAUUAUUUUAUUGUGAAGAUCAAUCAAUUAUAGGUGUUCCUUUUUAUGCAACAGAAUAUGUUGAGGGAAGACUUUUCACAUAUAAUCAAUUAAUGUGUGUAUCACAAAGAGAAAAGAAGUUAUUAUAUAUGGAAUUAGCAAAAACAUUAGCUGAUUUACAUUCCAUAAAUUUAAAUUAUUUAGGUUUGGGAAAAUUGGAAUCUCAGAUAAGUCAUUAUGAAACCUUAAAUAAGAAAUUAUAUAACUUAUAUAAAUUGCAUGAAACAUAGAUAUCGACAAAUGUAGAGGAUCUAUUAUAUUGGCUAUAAUUAAACUAGCCAGUGAAAUAAGAAUUGGAUAAUUUUUGUUUAAUUCAUGGAAACUUUUCAAUAUAAAAAGUAAUAUUUCAUGCAACAGAACCUAAAGUAUUGGCUAUUUUGGAUUGGUAAUAGGCAUAAUUAGGAAAUGCAUUGAUUGAUUUGGCUAGUUUAGUAUCACCAUAUUAUAUUCCUUAUUCUAAUGGAUAAUAAUAGAUAGAUGGUUGGUUUGGUAUGGAAGAAAUAUUUGGUUAACCUAAUUUAUAAGAAGUAUUGACAGCUUAUUUUAGAGCAAGAUCUAGUGAAUAAAUAGCAGACAUUAGAUAUUAAUUGAUAAUUUCAAUACUGAAAUAAUCAAUUGAUUAAUAGAUUAUAUAUAAAUAAACAAAAGAGGUGAAGUAUGAGUAGAAUUCUCAUUUUUUAUCAAAAGCAGGUUAUGAAUUGAUUUUAUAAAUGACAGAAGGAGAUCCUUUUGGAAUAAAAAUGAGAGCAACAAAUGAUGGAUAAUUAUGGUCUAAUUGGCCAAUUUCAGAGAGAUGCAAGAGUUAUUAUUAUAGAAUAAAAGAUUUUUUAAGAGUUGAAGUAUUUCCAAUAGAGAAAAGGAUUUUAGAUUAAGUAAGAUAAGUUCCAAAGAGUAUUAGAAAUAAAGGAAUAGUGGAGAUUGAAGAAUUAUAGAGAAAAGCUAAAUCAGUAGGAUUAUGGAAUUUAUUUAUUUAAGAUCCAAUGUAUGGUAAAGGUUUAACAAAUUUAGAAUAUGUAUUUUUAUCUGAAUUAAUGGGAUUAAGUUAUUUAGCUCAUGAAAUAUUUAAUUGUUUUGCACCAGAAACAGGAAAUAUAAAAUUAUUAAUAGGAUAUGGUACAUAAUAUUAAAAAGAGAAAUACUUAAAACCAUUAUUAGAAGGAGAAUGUAAAUCGUUUUUUGCAAUGAGUGAAAAGAAUGUAUCAUCUUCAGAUCCAAAUAAUUUUGAAUGUACAAUUACACCUUGUAAAGAAGGAUAUAUUCUUAAUGGUAGUAAAUAUUUUGUUUCAAGUGCUCCAGAUGAAAGAGCAAUUUUUGGAAUAGUAAUGGGUAAAUCUUCAUAAGAUAUGAAUAAUCCUAUUGAAUCAUAAUCAAUGGUAAUUGUUGAUAUGAAUAAUGCAAAAGUAAAAAUAGUUAGAUAAUUUUCAUCUAUUUGUUUUUAUGAUUUACCUCAUGGUUAUGCAGAAGUUGAAUUUGAUAAUGUAUUUAUACCUAAAGAGAAUCUAUUAGGAUAAAUUGGAGGAGCAUUCAAAAUGGCUUAAGGUAGAUUGUUAGGUGGAAGAUUACAUCAUUGUGUUAGAUAAAUUGGAUUAACUAAAAGAUGUCUUGAUUUAAUGAUGACAAGAUCAGAAAAAAGAAUUAUCUUUAAAGAAAAGUUAAAAGAUAAUUCUGCUUUUUAAGAAAGAUUAGGGGAUCUAGAAAUAGCAUUUUAAUCAUGUAGAUUAUUAAGUUUAAAUGCUGGAUUGUUAUUAGAUUCUGCUGGAUCUAAUCAUUUACAUACAUUUAUGGCUAUUAGUGAAUGUAAAGCUCAUAUACCAAAGGCAUGUUAAUAUAUUAUAGAUUAAUGUAUACAAGCGUUUGGUGCUGAAGGUGUUACAGAAGAAUAACCAUUAGCUAUUGCAUUUCGUUUUGCUAGAGCUAUUAGAUUCAUGGAUGGACCAUGUGAAGUACAUCUUAGAUAAAUAUCAAGAUUUGCUUAUGGAAAUCACUUAUUCAACGAUCUAAAUAAUGCUCAAGGAUAUGGAUUUGCUAAGCUAUGA